UAUUUAGCAGUGAUUUAACUCUAUACUAAUAUUAUUUUCAUAUUUACACAUUUUUGACAGUGAUUUAAUCUGUGCUAUUAAUUUGUCAGGCCAGAAAGGACAUAAAUCAAUAUGGCGCCGCUACCGCAGGAACCGAAUGUAGCCGAGAAGUUGAGUCCUGUGAAGCCAGGACUCGACGGGGAUGCCGUGGUCAUCAGUGGGAUGUCAGGAAUGUAUCCUGAAUCUAGCAAUAUACAGGAGUUUUCGGACAUUCUGUACAACAAGGUGAACCCGAUCAAUUCGGACAAUCCUCGCUGGAAGUGCUACUACCCUGAGCUGCCCGAGCAUUAUGGCAAAGCGCCGGAAUUGAAUACGUUUGACGCCCAAUUCUUCAAGGUGUACUACCGCCUGGGGAAGAACAUGGAGCCGAUGAGCCGCAAGCUGCUGGAGCAGACUUUCCAAGCUCUUUAUGAUGCUGGUAUCAGCCCCGGUGAGCUUUCUGAUAAGAAAGUAGGAGUUUACAUCGGAUCCGGAAUGUCCGAGACUGAUAAAGCUGUGUUUUAUAGUGAACACAUAAAAGGAUUCGGUCUUAUUGGAUGCUGCAAAACUAUGUUUGCCAAUCGUAUCUCGUACUGGCUUAACUUGAAGGGUCCGUCCAUCAACGUGGACUCAGCCUGCGUGAGUUCCAUGGUGGCCUUGCAGCGCGCCUAUGUGGCGGUCAAGUCAGGACAGUGCGAGGCCGCUAUCGUCGGAGGCUCCAAUAUUUGCCUGCACGCUCAAUCGACUGUUUGCAUUGGCAGAGUAUUAGAGUUAUGUAUGGAUGGAAAAACGAAAUCAUUCGACAAAUGCGCCGAUGGGUGCGCGCGAAGUGACGCAAUUACUAUUUUGUUGUUGCAAAGAGCUAAAGAUGCUAAAAGAGUGUAUGCUGAAGUGGUCCAUAUAGACUCUGAGUAUCAUUCUUCGAUGAUUACCACUCUUGGAGAUGCCAAAGGGCCUUACCGCGACCCUGCGAAACUAACAUCAUUCAUGAAAGACUUUUAUGAUGAAGCUGGCGUCUCGCCUUCCGCUGUAGAAUACGUAGAAGCUGUUGGAUCAGCCAAUCCUGAAGCGGAUAAGAGCGAACUCGAAGCUAUCGGAAACGUUUUCUGCAAAGACAGAUCUGACCAGCUCUUCGUUGGCAGUGUCAUGUCCAACAUAGGCCACACAGAAGCUGCUAGUGGUACAUCAGCAAUUACCAAGGUCCUUCUUGGAUAUCAAAGCGGCAAGCUCGCUGCCAACUUGCACUGCGAAAACCCUCGUGAUGAUGUUGAAGCUCUACGUAAUGGAAAAAUGCGUGUUGUAACCGACCAUCAACGUUUCAACCGCUCCUAUGUUGCUGUUAACAAUAUGUCACUAUUUGGCGAAAAUGUUCACGCCCUACUUAAAGGCCACUACAAACCAAAGGAUAUAUCCCGUUACAAGUCAAGCAUUCCUUAUCUCGUUGCGAUAUCGGGAAGGCAGGAGUCAGCUGUACAAAAAAUCUUCAAUGACUUAAAAUCCCAUCCGUUGGACCCUGAAGAAAUCGGACUGCUUCACAACAUUCAUGAACAUUCCAUCUCAGGGCAUUUGGGCCGUGGGUUCACCAUUCUUGAUAAUAAUAAAAAUGAGACGGUUAGCCUUGUCGAGAAAACCGACUAUUGCGACGAUGCCAAGCGCCCGCUCUGGUUCGUCUACAGCGGAAUGGGUUCUCAGUGGGCGGGGAUGGGAGCACAGCUUAUGCGUAUACCUGUAUUUUCCGCCGCCAUUGAACGCUGCCGCCGAGUUUUGGAGCCAAAAGGCUUGGAUAUUAUCCACAUUAUUACCAAUCCCGAGAAAACCCACUUCGACAACAUUUUGUUCUCCUUCGUUGGCAUAGCUGCCGUCCAAAUUGGUUUGACUGAUGUUCUUCGUGAAUUGGGAAUUGUGCCUGAUAACAUAAUCGGUCACAGUGUAGGAGAACUUGGUUGUGCGUAUGCUGAUGGUUGCAUGACUGCAGAAGAAACUAUACUCGCUGCUUACAGCCGUGGGCUAGUAUCAAAGGAGACUCCUUUCAUUCAUGGAGCCAUGGCCGCUGUAGGAUUGGGAUAUAAACAGAUCGUAGACUUAUGCCCGCCAGAAAUACAAGUGGCUUGCCAUAAUUCUUCGGAAUCCUGCACCAUAUCCGGUCCGUCGGAUGCGAUGCGUCAAUUUGUGGCGAAGUUAACGGCCCAAGGAAUUUUCGCCAGGGAAGUGCCUUGCUCCAACAUUGCGUACCACUCAAGAUACAUCCAAGAAGCGGGUCCGGCACUUUUGAAGUAUUUGAAGGACGUCAUCAAAUCCCCUAAGCCUCGCAGCAAGCGCUGGCUUUCCACAUCCAUUCCAAAAGAGAGAUGGGACGAACCUCUGGCUGCAUUCUCAUCAGCCGAGUACCACACCAACAAUUUACUGAACCCCGUGCUUUUUGAAGAAACUUCGGAACAAGUCCCUUCAAAUGCUGUUGUAAUAGAGGUCGCUCCUCACGGGCUCCUGCAGGCGAUUCUGAAGCGCUCUCUGCACAGCAACUGCAUCAAUAUCCCGCUGACAAGACGUGGCCAUGCUGAUAAUGCUCUUUUCCUGUUAGAAGCCAUUGGCAAGUUGUACAUGGCCGGCUACAAUCCUAAACUACAAGCUCUGUAUCCUCGAAUUGAGUAUCCUGUGUCAACGGAAACACGUGGUCUGUCCCACAUGAUUGAAUGGGCCCAUCUCGAAAAAUGGAGUCUACCGCUAGAGCGCACCUAUAACAGACGCGUUGCAGGGGCUACUACAUUUACGAUUUCGGUGCAUGAUGAUGAAUACAGUUUCUUAAAGGGAAAUAUACAUGAAGGAGAAACAUUAUUCCCAUACAGCGCCUGUUUGGUUUGUGUGUGGGAUACCUUGGCUAUGUUAUUGGGAUCUCCUCUGAGACAAAUAUCGGUGCAGUUCAGUAACCUAAACUUGAACAAGCAGCCGCGCUUGUACGAAGACAAGGUGCUACAACUCCAUGUGCAAAUAACCAAAGGAAAUGGUGAUUUUGAGGUAUUAGAUGAUGAUAAUACCGUCGUUAUCAGUGGGGAAGUCAUAGUCGUGCCUACAUCAGCAAACCAAUUGUUCAGACAGGAAGAUGAAGACGAAAAAACUGAUUUGAGUCUCACUCAAGAGGACAUAUAUAAAAUCUUCCACGACAAGGGAUCUUAUUACAAGGGCGAGCUGCGAAGCAUUGCCAGUGCCAAUGAAGAGAUGACACGAGCCCAAGUUACAUGGAAAAAUAACUGGAUCAGUUUACUGGACGCCCUGAUACAGUUCAGAACACUUCGUUGCGAUUACAAUGGAAUAACCCAGCCCCGAUACAUCCAGCGAUUGCAGAUCAACCUGCACGAACACUACAUAACUAGCAAGCAGCUCGUACUUGAAGCUAACUAUCUGAAAAAUCUUGAAACUGCGAGAUGCGGGGGAGUCGCCAUAACUAAUGUUAAAUUCCGGGACCUGCCACCUAAAUUAUCCAAACAAAUUGCUUUGAAAUCCUCAAAUGCACAAGUAAUACAGAGUAUAGACAAUGAAAACCUGAACGUUACAUUGAGGAGUUCUGAAUAUGGUGAUCUAAACACCCUGCACUGGGAACAAGGUGUGCCACCUACGGCUAAUGAUAUUGAAGUCAAGGUUGACUACGUUGGAUUAAAUGUUCGUGAUGCUAAAAAGGCAUUAGGUGAUUCUGUACCUCUUGAGCUAGAAGACUACAAUGUUGGAUACGGAAUGGACUUCAGUGGCAAAACCAAAAGCGGGGUGCGCGUAAUGGGUAUUGUACGUGGAGGCGCGGCCUCUACCCGGCUCGCAGCAGACCCCUCCCUGCUGUGGCCAGUUCCCAACCACUGGAGUCUUGAAGACGCUGCCACGGUUCCUUUGCCAUACGCACACGCAUUCUACUGCCUUGGUAUCAAAAGCGAACUGACACCGGGGAUGAAGAUCCUAGUAAAUGGGGCAACAGGAGCUCUUGGUAUGGCCGUUAUAUCUAUAGCACUGGCUCACGACUGCACGGUGUUUGCUUCAGUCAGUGACACUAAGAAGAAACACUUUUUAAGGAAGAUAUAUCCAGCUAUCCCAGAGGAUCACAUUGGAAACUCUCGAGACUCUUCGUUCAGUGACAUGGUCUUAGCCAAAACACAAGGAGAAGGAUGUGAUGUCGUUAUUUCAGGACUUAAAGGAGAAAUUAAAAACGACGCCAUUAAGUGUUGUGCUGCUUCUGGUAUUGUAAUUGAUACCAGCCAGAUUACAACAAUGGAGAACUUUGAUUUUGGCAUGAGUUUCUUGACCAAGGCUAGAAGCUACACUGCCGUAGAUUUCUCUGGAUUAUUCACGGCACCCGAUAAAGAACAAAUCAUGAGGGAUUUACAAUUAAUGGUUAGCGAAGGCAUAGCUAAAGGAUAUGUCCGCCCCCUGAGUCGUCUGACUUUAGAAGCAAACGAAGCGGCGAGAGCGUUUAAUUUGUUGGCCUCAAGCCAACACCGUGGCAGGGUCUUGUUGCGUCUUGAUGGAAAUGCCCUGUCUGCCACGCCAAAGCUCACGGUAUCUCCCACUGGAAGUCACCUGGUGAUCAGUGCCGGCACCGACGACACGCUGACUGGCCGCGUCGUCGAUGGCCUGAUAGCUCGAGGUGCUCGGAACAUAUUGCUGCAUCGCCAACAACAGACAAACAUCAAGUCUGACGGAUACAUGCGCUACAAACUCAACAGAAAUUGGGAAAAACUGGCUAAAGUUGCACUUUCGAACGAAAAACAAGUGAAUGCUGAAAAGAUUCAAGCCUUAUUGAGUAAAUGCAAUGAUAUGGGCCCACUUGAAGGCGUAUAUUAUAUCACCAUAUCAAACGAGUCACAAACAGAUUUGAAGAUGGCACUGGAGAAGUUGGAUGCAGCUACUAGAAAAUCCUUCCAGUCACUGAAAUGUUUUGUUGUCAUGAAUGAGGUUGUCAAUAUUGGAGAAUACAUUUGUUCAAAAAGGGUUCAAGACGGGCUCCCUGCCACUAUGCUGACCCUUCCAAGGGUAAAUAAGUUCGUCAAUGGGUGGGUGGGCUUGGCAAGUAACAAGGGGGAAGAGGUGUCGUUUGCUGAGGCAAUAGAGUUGCUGGAACUGGCCGUCAGAUCCAAGAACCCAGCGCUUGUUGCCCAGGUUCAAUCAGCAACGAACAACGCUAAUGAAGAUGGACAUAAAAAUAAAAUUUCUGGUCUCAGCGUGUACUUCAACCAUGUUAACACUGAUGAACUCUUAAUUACUUCUGACAUGGUAUUAUUACCCACUCUCGCUAGAGGCAAAACCACGCGUGCUGAAGAGUUUGACCGAAACGAAGAUUACUUAGUGCUAAUUCCCGGUUUUGACGGAGAUUACGAUAACUUCAGCAAUCUUUGUGAACGAGUGAAAAUUCCAGCAAUCGCCUUUCCACCUGGAAUAGGACAUGUCGAUGAAAAUGUCACGGAAAUGGGAAAUCGUCUUGCAAUGGAGAUUUUGAAGAAAGUCAACCCACAAGGAAAGUUCUACCUCAUGGGAUAUUCAUUUGGUGUUCAAGUCGCCUUGGAGAUAGCAGCUGUCCUCGAAGAGCAUGGUCUCACAGGAGUUGUAUACUGUGGUGACGCCAGUCCCGAUACUUUCUCUAAUUCCUUGGAAAACGCUCUACAAGAGGCGGGAGCUACAGACGAUGCCAAACUUCAAGAUGUUCUGGCACAACACCUGUACAAACUCAUGAGUGGCGAAACUUCGGAGUUGCUGACAACACGUCUGCAGAAAGCCAAAUCUUGGGAAGAAAAAGUAGAAUCCUUCAUAUUCACUCUCCGCGGCCGCAUUCCUUUCUCAGCGCAGUAUGCUCGAGGAGUCAUCCUGUCAUCGUACUCGCGCAUACAGCACGCCCGGAAAUACGACGGAAAACGACUCAGGGCUUCUCCUCUACGGUCCCAGCUCGUACUUCUCCGCUCCACCAGCCACCCUGCAGCGGCCCCGGCUGAUCUUGGCCUUUCCCGCUAUUCGCAACAAGAGACGAUAGUGUACGACUUGCCCACUACCCACGCAGAUGUACUGAACGACCUUCGCUGUGCCAACCUCAUCAACAGACAUCUUGGUAUUGAUAUUAUUGAGAAAUUCCAGAGCAGAAACCUAUGUGAUACUUACAUUCUUAACAGGGAUAUAUUUAGGUGCCCAGACAGAGAGUUUGAUGAUUAAAAUUUUAUUUUACGGUUGAAAUAAAGAUGACCCAGGCAAAAGCAAUCAUUUA